AUGAAAAGUCAUUCAAAUAUAAAAAAAGAAAUGGAUAAUAGAAAAUAUUCUAAUAAAAAUGAUAUAAAUAAGUAUGAAGACAAUUCUCUUCAAAAAAAUAAAGAAAUGAGUGAAAAAAAUGACAGUAGCUUAUUAACAAUAUAUUCCUUUAUAAGCAGCUACGUAUUAAGGGAAGAAUCAAAUUAUGAUGAAAAUGAUAAUAAAUAUAUAUUAUUAGAAAAUCAAGAAUUACAAAAUGAAAAUGAUCUGAAGAAAGUAAAUGUUGGCUACUAUAAUGAGAAAAUAUAUAAUAAAUGUGAAGGUGAAAGUGAGAGUGAAAAUGAAAGUGAAGAUGAAGAUGAAGAUGAAGAUGAUGAAAAUGAAAAUUAUGAAAAAGAUAAAAUGGAACGAAAAUUGGAGAUAAAAAAAAAAAAUAAGGAGAAAAAAAAUUUGACUAUACAAAAUGGAUUUACUUCCUGUAAUAAAGAGAAAUACAUAAAAAAAAAUAGGAAAAAAGAGAAAGGAGAAAAAAAAAAUGUAUAUGAAAGUAAGAAUAAUGAACUUUAUAGCAACAGUAAUAUUAAAAAGAAAAUGAAGAAUUUAUCCAAAUAUUUUAUGUUAUCAAUAGAUAAUAUAAAUGAAGAGGAAAACAUUUUUAAAGAUGAAAAACAACUGUCAAAGCAAAUGUCUUAUUAUAAUGACGCGUAUUAUUAUACAUCUGAAAUGAUUUAUAAAGAUAAUAGAAAAAACAAAGAAAAAUUUGCAUUAUAUCUAAGAUUAAUAUCUUUAUUUGUUAAUAUAAUAAUAGGAAUUUAUCUAAUAAUUCAUUUUCCACAUACUAAUAGUCAAUUAGAAAUGAAUUUUUCAAAUAAAUACAUAAGAGAACAUGAAAAGCUGAAAGAAAUUAUUAGAAAUAGUAUAGAAUUAAAUAAAGAUAAUAAUAAAUAUAUGGAUGAUGUGCAUUUAAACUCUAAUAUAUUAAUAGAUGAAGAUGAAAAAUCGAGAAAUAGAAAUGCUUUUUUAAGCAUUCUUUUUAGGAAUAAUAAAGAAAUAGACGACAGAGAUAUUAAUAAUAAUAAUAAUGAAAAUAACAAUAAUAAGAUAAAUGCAAUAAAGACGACAUAUUUAAAUAAAACUAAUGAUACUACAAUAAAUAAAGGUAAAUAUUCUGAUAUAAAUGAAAAUGACGUAAAUAAUUUGAUUAAAGAAAUAGAUAUUGUUAACUUAAUUGAUGAUGAAAAUAUUAUGAAUUUCAUUUAUUCUGAAAUGAAUAAAAUAUAUAAAUAUGCUAUUUAUUCCUUUUUUGGAGAAUUAUUAGUAAUAUCAAUAAUUGUAUUUUCUUUAUUUAUAUUAAAAAUUUUCAUAAAAGAUAAUAAUAAAUUCAGUGUUAUCUUAACUUUAUAUGGGAUUUUAUAUAAAAUAUUUUGUUAUUUUUUUGCUCAUUAUGUUUUAUUUAUGGGAAUAUAUAUUUUAUCUAUUUAUUAUAAUAUAUAUAUACAUAGAGAUAUAUAUGAAAAUAGUUUUAAUUUUUUUUGUUAUCAUUACGUAUAUAAUAAUUUACAUAUACAUUUACUUAUGUUAUUUUAUGCAUUUCAAAACAUAAUCUUUACUAUUAAUGAUACAUUUAACUGUAUACGAAUGAUGUUUAUUAUAAUAAAGCAUAUCAUCAUAAAAAUAUAUGAAAAAAUAACAUGUAAAAGUUUUAUUACGUUUUAUGAAUUAAAAGAAGAUAAAUCUUUCUUAUCUAUAAAUUGUUUUAACAAGAUCAAAAAUAAAUGUAAUAUAUAUGGUAAAUGCUGUAAAGAUAAAAAUUGUGUAGAAAUAGAUAUUGAUGAAGUGCACGAGUUAGAAUAUGAUAAAAGCAACAUCCCAUUUACUAAUUCAAAAGAAAAGUCUUAUUGUAAAAAUUUAGAUAUUAAGACAUAUGAACAAUCAUUAUUAAAUAUGCGUAAUCCUAUAUUUAAGUAA